AUGUCUGCCAGGUGAGUGCAUUUCAUUGGCCCGCGUGCCUGGACGAGGUACGAGUGGUCGCAUGUUCGUCUGGGUAUGGUCUGCCGAAAGUGGAACCUGGGUCCUGGCUCGCUAGCGAAGUUGGAUACUUGAUCUGGGCUGCGCCCAUGAUCUUUUGGGCCACUCUUUGCUCGACUACAUGGAUAGAGGCACAAGGCCAAUAUAUGAAUGCUCUCGAGCGAGAGUGGCAGCCAAGUCCGGCGGUCGGACCCCGGUGCGGUGGAAGUUGCACUUUGCGGCUCGAGGAAGCUUCAGGCGCGUGGACAUUGGACAUUGUGACUACGUGCCCGCAGCCGCUAGCGUCCUCAGGUUUUUCUUCGAGAGGUAUUCCUCGGUACCGAUCAGGUAUGCUAAUCAUAUCUCAUGCCCCGCCACCCUCUCUUUGACAGUGCUCGCAAACGCACAGAGGCUUGGCGCGUUUCGACGAGCGAGGCAGGCCUCUUUGACUUGCCUGACCCGCAAGUUGGUCCUUCCGCUAGUAGCGAGCUGGACAAGACCUCUACAUCUCCUGUAUCUCCUCCGCGACCCCGACUCGAUACAUUACAGUCUGAAGCUUCGCGUUCGCGAGCCGGCACGGAUUUUGCAGCAGCCAAUCGGUCGCCUUCGCGGACCUUGCAAGAGCUAUUGCCCAGUCCAACACCGCGCAGGCCGCGUCGCGCGCAUUCGAAGUCAGCUCCACUCCUUGGAAGUCCGGUCGACGAGAAGGCUCUGCGGAAAGCAGGGCCAUCUCAGAUCACAUUUUCCACCGAGCAGCCCUCGAGAUCCCCAAAGGUCCCUGAAGUCGUCCCGCCCAGGUGCACUCCCCUGGACGGCCUCUCCAGAGCUGGUGGCAGAUACGCAAUCUUUCAUCGGACGAAGGCGCCUAGCAUCCAAAGCGAUAGCGGCAACAGUGGCAACAGUGGCACAAGCAAGUUGAACUUCCUUCGGCGCUUCUCUCGCGUACCACGGGCUGCUUUGCAAUCCUCGAGCCAAGAAGCCCUGGACACAUCAGACACCUCCACCAGGGCCAUAAUUGGGCCAGCUUCCGGCACGGGCGCAGAGCACGCGCCUGACAGCGGUAGCACCUCGGCACGAGAGACUACAUCUCGGACUGCAAUCACCACUGCAGCCCCAUUGCCCUCUGAGUCGCCCGUGCCAGAAAGUAUUCGAGCUCUUACUCAGGGCCUUUGGAAGAAGUCGAGCUUUGACUCGCUCUUGUCAAGCUUCAGUCAGUCCUAUUCAGACCAGAGGACUCACUCCAGCGACGAUCAAGACCAUCAGCGCACACUCAGGAAGAGCAGCUCGAAGCAUACUCACACCCCUACUCUGCCUACAGUUGCUGGUUCUCCGCCAGACGAAGGACCACCUAAGCUCCCUGCGCAAGCUGUACAAGAGAUCCAGCGUCAGAUCAAAAAGCAGAAAGCUGCAUCAGAGCAGGCGGUGGACCAGGCUUUGGCAGACCCUGACACAGCAAACGGCGUCAAACCAGGCUCUGCGGUCACCGAGACUGAGCGAACCUCUCCGAACCAAGAGCCAAGCGCGGACCGUGUCCCUCCUAAAGCUCACAUCUCAGAGCAAUCUCCUGUGGCUCCUACAAUCCUACACAGCUCGGUAACCGACGGGCAGCCUGAACCUCAGCCCAGAGCCUCCUCGCUGCAACGCAAGGCCAACGCUCCGAACGCCACGAUGCAAGAUCCGGGCUCGAGCUUGCCUGCGUUUGGCACCAGCAAAUGGAAGCUUCCAUUUGGAAAGAAGUCGCACUCCAAUCAGGGCAAUGGGGAUCCCGCUUCCCAUUCGCAAUCUAUGAAGACUCAAGUCAGCAGCGAGAGUCUUCCUCACAGAGGGAAGUCUGGUUGGCGCAACACUGCCGGCCUUUUGCCGAAAGAGGAUUGGGACAUGGAUGGUCGCCAAAAGGCUGCACAGCAGAUUGCAGCACAGCAAAGAGCAGCGCAUGAAAGUGACGCAGGCGCGCUAGUUCCUCCCUCGGCGAGCAACGGGCACCACUCCAAUCGCUCGCAGGACCUCUCAAAUCGGGCUCCCUCUGACGGGCACGAGCCGUCUGACUAUGCACGCUCCUUCUCGGCCGACAGUCAACGUGGCAAAGAUAAGCCCGAGGGAUACGCAGGCGACUCCAAUGCGGAUGUCAUGGCGCGAUUCGAAGCGGGCGGCCUCAUACAACGCAGCGGCAAGAGCAAAUUGGAGCGAAUGACAGGCACACCAGGAAGCGAAGUGCUGCAGCGCCUUGAACACGCGAAUAUGAUCAUGUCGCCCUCUCUCUCGGGUGAUCGAAAGCUUAACGGGCCUAUCAGCUCUGCAUCGCCGGCUCAUUCAAGUCCCAGCACCCGCGCCGAAGCUUUGCGAGGCGCCAGCUCCCGGGAGUCCCGACUCGCUUAUUCCCCUUCGUCUUCCGGUCAUGCAGAGCUCGCAGCGGCGGAGGAAGCAUCCUGUCCAGUUUGUCUUGAGCUGCUAUCCUUCAGGUUAGCAGGUGAAAAGGCCCAUGUCGUGCCGACGUGUGGUCAUGCGCUGCAUCACGCAUGCUUUUCCGCAGUGUAUGGAGCGCCCGAAGCUGUCCUUGCUUCACAGGGCUCACAACGAUCCGAAGGCAGCGGAAGACCGUCGGCCAACGGGCCGCCAGGAAUGUGUGGAGUCUGUCGACGCCCGAUCGUACUGAACGAGGACGGCAUCUCAGGACGUCGCAGUAACAGUGAGUAGUUCAGUCUUCUCGAGUAUCGAUCAUGGCGGCAUCCGAUUCGCCGCUCUCGUGGCUACAUCAGUAAGCGUUUGAUGCCCGCGUAGUCGCUCGCGGUGGCUCUAGUCGAUGGGCAGUAAUAGAGUCAGAAACAGCUUCACGCCUGCGCUCAGAUGCGCCUCAAUCAUUCGUGGGAAAGGUUCGCACCUCUACUCCUUGUUGAGGCCGAGCUUGCUGGCUAGCAGCUUUUCCUCGCUGUGCAGUGCGGCAGCGCCCCUUCGGAGCUCUCCACUACGCGAGCAGGUACGGAUAGGCCUUCAUAUGAGCGCGAACGGCAAACCAGCCGUGUCAAAGUCGGAGCGGCCCGCGCGCGAAUAUUGCCGAGGGCAGGGGCCUGCGCGGCGAGAUGUCUCGGGCACCACGGACUCAGACGGUACUUGACUGCCACCUGACCAGAACCGUGCGAGGACCGCUGUACAUCUCAAAUUUGUGGCUCGCAUCGUGAUUGGAGCCUGGUAGGGUGCCCGGACAACGUUUGCUGGAGCCAUGAGAAUGUGCUUGCCACGCGGUCCUCAUAAUUGAAUGAUAGGUAUGGCUGUCAUGCUCUCUCUCUUCGCCUCGCGCGUCGCGGCGAUAGCCCAAGUCACAAAUUAUAAGCGUACGCUCGCGACAGUUUGCUGCUUCUAUGCGCGCAACGAUCAUCGUCGCAAGCCACGUUCACAUUCCAGCUGGCGACCAGCUAGUCUAGAGGUCUUCACCACGGCCUUCUCCCAAGUAUCGCAUACAUCCCAUUGUAGGACGGUCUCAUGUCGUUCUCGCGAAGUUCGAGCUUGAGGCGGGCCCGAAGUGGCAAGUCCUCAGCUCGGCAGUCAUCGGUCCAGAGUCCUCCAAGCGACUAUGCCACGCGCCUUUUCGUUAUACCUUUCCCUGUUCCCCGUCUCAAUUUGGCCAGAUAUCUUCAUUUUGGUCCAGCUGCACACACGCUGACUUCGGGGUCUUUUGCUUCAUCGUCGGCGUCUCGUUCAGAAUUGACCGGCAUGAUGGGGGGCGACAAAAGCAUCAGCUCUUCGGUCCAACGGUCCAUAUCAACAGAAUCAGACUCCAUGCAGUCACACAAUGGUCGCGACGAUCCUAUCGAGGCUCAGAACGUCAAACGCAGUAAAUCAAGAGAUGCGAUAUCCGAAUUCACUUCUAUGACUUCGCCAUCCAUCGGCGCGUCCGCGGAUCACCGAGGCACCGUAUUCCCUCUUAUCAAGGUCCGGCCUGAAUACACCACAGUCUAUCGCAAGGACCCGACGGGUCAGAACGGCAAGCAAAACAUCGUGUGCGUCCUUUCGAUUGAGAUCCCGAAUCGGCGCCCGGCUCCCACCCUCGAGGAGGAAGAGAACGAACACCGUGCUUUGCUUAGCGUCCGUUCCGGCGCAUCAGGAUCUGAUCGCAGCAUACAGCCGACAGAGAGUCACUCAUACCGCGAUGACCCCGUUGAGCCUCCUUCCGUAGCUUCGACAUCUGAUGCGGGGACAGCAUUCUCGCCGCGCGCCGAAUCUUUCCGCGAUACGUCGCAGAAUCUGGGAGACACCAAUUCGAGCACGAACAAGGAGACCCAUGGAGCGAGCUCACCAUCCACAGAUGACGAAGGUUUUUCAUUCGGGGCCACUCCAGCUGCGGACUCGGGCGAGACUGUCAAUCCGUUCAAGCCCGUUACGGACGAUCUUCGCCAACGAAUCGCCGACUGGAAGGGUCAUAGCAUCGAAAGAUUCGGACCUCUUGCCCUCUUUGACUUCCUUGGUGUUCGCCAAGAUGACGUGGUUAGAGACUUCUUCGUAUACCUCUUCAAAGAAGCCUUGCUGUGCGUCGCUGAAGAACGCAAGAAGGAGAAGGGGCUUUCUCGUUUUAUAAAGGAUCAGCCCGACCGCGGCGCCGCCAACGAUCCUCUCAGAAGCCCGCUUUCGCCUGCGAGUUCCAGCAACAAAACGCCUUUGAAGCUCAAAGGCCGCAUCUGGAUUCGACACAUUCGUCGAGUACAGGACACCUCCAGCGAAGGAGACCUCAGUCUGAGUGUCAAGCUUGACGAUGAUAGCCUGAAUCACUUCGUACUUUGCUUCAAGGAUCGAGGUACUUUAGAAUCUUGGCGCCAAAAGCUGGUCGCGCUGGUGAACGAACAUCGGCCUCCAGAGUACCCACGUACGCCCACUGAACCCAAGCAAGCAGGCGCAAGCCCUGCCGUAGGUACGCCAAGUACUGCUCGGCGUGGCACGACCUCCACUGUAGACGCGAAGGUGGGCGGCGACAUUGCUUCGCCAAAUUUUGCGGGCGCCGGACGUCAGACAGGCGGCGUUGCUCGUCGGGGCUCAAGCGACUCCGUGCAUCAUGUGAUGAGCCGAUCUGUGCAUGCUCCCAUGGUAGCUAUGCACACCCAGUGGUCUGCCUCUGGCGGUCUCGAUCCCAGCUUGCCGCCGCCCGACCUGCUUCCCCACACACCGCUGGAUCUCAUCAUCAUGGUCAGCGUACCUUCUGUGCCUCAGCAAACGACUAGCAGCACCACAUCGUCAUCGGCGCAGCUCAAAUUACGGCUGAUCCGCUCGACGCUCGACUUUGUCGCUGCGAAUAUGGGACCCAGAGAUCGGCUGGCUUUGGUCGCAUACAGUGUGGGUGCUGAGGGAGGUGUACGUCGCACCAGCCUUUUGAGCCCGGCCAAAGAUCAAAGCAAAGCUGUGCUCGAGCAAUUCAUCGAGAGUAUCGGGCAGCCUUGGGCCGGGGAAGGCGAAGAUCCCUUCCGUGACAAUGCCGAGCUUCUGGGCGGUUCGGCAGACCGGACAGACACCAUCACCGCCGUCAAUGUGGGUCUAGACAUUGUAUUGGCAAGGACCAGUAAAAAUCCUCUCACUGGUAUGCUGCUCAUCAGCGAUGCCGCCGACGCUCCUCGUCGUGGCCAGAUGGACCUUGUCAUGGCUCGAGCCGAGGCUGGCAAUGUGCCUGUGCACUCUUUUGGAUUCGGAAAGAGCCACGACCCGUCUUCACUCUGGCUCAUUUCCAAUCACACCAAGGGCUCGUACACCUUCGUCCGGGAGUGGUACCAGCUGCGGGAAUGCAUUGCUGGCUGUGUCGGCUCUCUGAUGUCCGUCGCCUCCACGGACGUGCGCUUGCACAUAUCUGUGCCUUCGGACAAUCACUUCAGGGUGCGCAAAGUGGCUGGUCCGCAAGGAGCAAUCGUCUCAGCAACCGGCAAAGACGUCGAUCUCGAACUUGGCGAAUUGCGCUUCGGAGACUGCAAAGAAAUCAUGGUCGAGCUGGAGUUGGAUUUCAACGGCCUUGUGCCCUUCAUCACCGAGCAUGGGCCUGAUGGUCGGCGCAACCUACGCAGGAUUGCCGGCUCAGCGUAUGAGCAAGGUAGCGCAACGGAUGACUUCAUGCAUCGUCUAGGCCUAGAAAAUCUUAACCUCGCGAGUGCGGAUGGUCAGAUUGAAGGCAUUGGCGCUCAUGACAAUCUCAUCGAAGAGGUCGCAGUGUUCAGCGUGGAUGCUGCUUUCCGCGACCCAGCAAUGGGCACCUCGACGAGCAGGCUGCCAGACCCUUGCGUACUGACUCUCGAAGUCGAUGCCAAUUCGCAAGAUCCGAUGUCAAAGCAAGGCAUUUCGUCUGGCAGCGGAGCUGCACUGGCGGAUCCAAUUGUCACGAGGCGACGGAUCGAGAUUCUGGUUAGCGACAUGAUCACUCGCUCCCUUUUGGUUGUUUCGCGUCGCAACCAUGCGCAAGCGCUUCAAAUUCUAUCUGAGACGAGGCGCAUUGUCGACACGGUGCUUCAGGCCACACCUGUGCCGAGCGCAAAGACUCCGACAAUGCGAGGUGCGCGCAGCGGUAGCAAUGUCGAAGCAAGCAGCACUGCCACGGCGACACGAAGCGGUGGUCUGAAGAGACAGCGCGAUGCUUUCUACCGUCGUACAGCUGAUAGCCUGCUGGCCAUCUUGGAAGACCUUGACAUGCUCAUUGACGGACUGGAGCAGUCCAAGUCGUCGUUCGAUAGGGACGGCAGAAACAUGGGUGCCCAACAAGCCAUGGUCCUUAGGGAUCAGCGAGCGUGGACCAGCCGCACAGACACGGAAUGGCUGCGAUUCCGCAGCUCGGCUGACAAUGGGCCAGCUUUCGCAAGCAGAGCUGCCGUGUAUGCCACGCUGUAUGGCAGCAAGCAGUGA